AUGACCUUGGCGGAAAAAGUCAAUCUGACAACUGGCACCGGGUACUUGAUGGGACCCUGUGUAGGGCAGGUCGGCAGCGCAGAAAGGUUCGGGAUCCCGAAUCUGUGUUUACAGGACUCCCCUUUGGGAAUCCGGAACUCGGAUCAUAACACGGCGUUUCCGCCCGGGAUCACCGUUGGCGCGACCUUCAACAAGGAUUUGAUGUAUGCGCGCGGCGUGGGAAUCGGUGAGGAGGCGCGCGGCAAGGGUGUGAAUAUCCAACUGGGCCCCGUUGUUGGUCCUCUCGGGCGCAAACCACGUGGUGGUCGGAUCUGGGAGGGUUUUGGGGUUGAUCCCAGUUUGCAGGCUAUUGGAGGGGCUCUGACCAUCCAGGGAAUGCAGAGCACCGGUGCCAUUGCGACUCUGAAACACUACAUUGGGAACGAACAAGAGAGGUAUCGGAUGAGCAGCAUUAUCACCAAAGGCUAUUCAUCAAAUAUCGACGACCGGACGCUGCAUGAACUAUACCUUUGGCCCUUUGCUGAGGGAGUUCGCGCAGGUGUUGGAUCUAUAAUGACCGCUUACAACGAUGUCAACACUUCUGCUUGUAGCCAAAAUAGCAAGUUGAUCAAUGGCAUCCUUAAAGAUGAGCUAGGCUUUCAAGGAUUUGUCAUGACGGACUGGUUUGGUCAUUAUACUGGCGUCGCUUCUGCCCUCGCUGGCCUCGACAUGGCUAUGCCCGGUGACGGUGCCGUGCCUUUACUGGGUGAUAGCUACUGGGGGUCUGAAUUGUCGCGCUCUGUUCUGAAUGGCAGCAUCCCAGUCUCAAGACUGAAUGAUAUGGUCACUCGAAUCGUGGCUACAUGGUACAAAAUGGGCCAAGAUCAAGACUAUCCCUUGCCUAAUUUCUCAACCAAUACCGAAGAUGCAACUGGAGAGCUAUAUCCUGGCGCAUUAUUCUCUCCCUCUGGCGUCGUCAACCAGUACGUCAAUGUUCAGGGCGACCAUAAUAUCACCGCCAGAGCUGUGGCUCGUGAAGCCAUCACGUUAUUGAAGAACGACGAUGAUAUACUUCCACUGCAAAAGAAUGAUUCAUUAAAGGUGUUUGGGACUGAUGCCGGAGCAAACUCGGGGGGCCUGAAUUCCUGCAGUGACCAAGGAUGUGACAAGGGUGUCCUGACUAUGGGAUGGGGUAGCGGAACUUCUAGGCUUCCUUAUCUUAUUACCCCUGAGGAAGCUAUCGGAAACAUGACCAACAACGUAGAGUUCUACAUUACCGACUCAUUUCCGUCCGAUGUCUCGGUCGGUGCCAAUGAUAUUGCUGUCGUAUUCAUCAAUGCCGACUCUGGCGAGAAUUAUAUCACCGUUGAGGGCAAUUAUGGAGACCGAAAUUCAGCAGGCUUAUAUGCCUGGCACAAUGGCGAUGAUCUAGUUAAGGCUGCAGCCGAAAAGUUUGCAAACGUUGUUGUGGUUAUUCACACGGUUGGUCCUAUCGUGAUGGAAGAGUGGAUCGACCUUGACUCUGUCAAGGCUGUACUUGUCGCACACCUUCCAGGACAAGAAGCAGGCGACUCCCUCGUUGACGUGUUGUUCGGUGACUAUAGCCCAAGUGGGCACAUGCCUUAUACUAUCCCACAAAGCGAGUCCGACUACCCAGACAGCGUGAGCCUCAUCAACCAACCUUUUGGCCAAAUUCAAGAUACUUACACAGAGGGGCUUUACAUCGACUACCGUCACUUCAUUAAUGCAAACAUCACUCCCCGGUAUCCCUUUGGACAUGGACUUUCCUACACUACCUUCAGUCUCUCGAACCCUGCCAUGUCUGUUGUGACCGCGCUCGAUACUGCUUACCCUUCUGCAGCACCUGCAAAAGGAUCCACACCUGUCUAUAACAACUCGAUCCCGGCUGCUUCGGAGGUUGCAUGGUCCUCUACAAGCUUCACCCGUAUUUGGCGCUAUUUAUACCCCUAUCUUGACAACCCAGAGUCUAUUACCGCCUCCGACGACUAUCCGUAUCCCGUCGGAUACAACCUGACCCAGCCCGAGCCCCGAGCUGGAGGCGGACAGGGCGGAAACCCAGCUCUCUUCGAUACUGCAUUUACGGUCUCUGUUGAUGUCACGAACACCGGUUCCCGGGAUGGUAAAGCUGUCGCCCAGUUGUACGUCGAGCUUCCAUCUAGCCUAGCUGCGGACACACCGACACUCCAGCUCCGGCAGUUUGAGAAGACGAGCACCCUUGUCCCAGGACAGACUGAGACCUUGACGCUCAGCAUCACUCGCAAGGAUGUCAGCAUAUGGGAUGUUGAGGUACAGGACUGGAAAGCACCUGUCAAUGGCGAGGGAAUCAAGCUUUGGGUUGGUAACAGCGUUGCCGAUCUUCCUAUCAGUUGCGUUGUUGGAGGAGAAUGUUCUUCCGAAUGA